AUGGAGGUCCUGCCAGCUGGGUUUUCAGACUUUCGAGACCGGGCCUACUGGAAUAGCUUCUUUCAAUUUUUCGACAAGAAAAAUUUCGAGUGGUAUGGGAACUACGGGGAUCCGGUUAACAAGAACUGCCUGGUCAUAAACUUGGGGUGCGGGAACUCCCACCUGAGCUACGAACUCUUCCAGGACGGGUUUCGCAACAUCGUAAAUUUGGACUACUCAGAUGUAGUGAUCCACAAAAUGAAGCAAAAAUUUGGAGAUAAAAUGGAGUUCCUAAAUAUAGACAUUAGCAACGCAGAGCAGUUUGAUCAUGUCCUAAACAAUUUGGAAGAAGAAUCACAAAAAAAAAAAGUGGAUUACAAAAUAUUUUUUGAUAAAGCUUUUUUAGAUGCAUAUAUAUCAUGCGAACAAAAUGAGGAGGAAAUCUGUAAAAGGAAUGCAAAGAGUUACUUCUCCCUUGUUUUUAAGCACAUGAACAAAGGGGACCUAUUCCUUGUUAUCACUCUUGCUCAGUAUUAUAUAAUUAAGGAGGUGGUUCGGAACGUGUACCAUGAGGAUAUAAUGUUGGAAGUCUUUCCCUUUUUUUUAAAACAUAACACGAGUGAGUUUAAGUACCACCCUUUCGUAUUCGCCUUCUAUCGAACUCCUAAGGGGGGAAAGAAAUUCGAGGCAUAUUUUGUUAACCCAGAAAUGGGGACCAGCCAUGUCAUAUCGUUGUGGAAGUUACCUAAUGAAAUUAACGAGAGGAGGGGAAAUUUGAAUCUUCACAUUUUUAAAAAAGGGAAGAGAAGAAUUCUAGACAUUUACAAUACGAAGUUGAACAGGUGUGACUACAACGUGGUUGUUUAUGACUCGUGUACGGAACGCACCACUUACAACACGGUCGUUGUUGUUGUCCCGCUUGGCUACGAGUUUCACUCGCUUUACUGCACUGCGGAGGGGAACGAGGAGUUGGCUAACAAGGCCCGGACGAGGAGGCUCCUCCUGGUGAUGAGGUCGAACUUUUUGGCCCCCCCCAGCCAGGUGAGCGGUAACCAGGUGAGCGGCAACCAGGUGAGCGGCAACCAGGUGAGCGGCAGCAACAACCAACUGAGCACUAACCAACUGCUUCACAACCAACUGCUCCACAACCAACUGCACAGCGAGCACUCAGUUAACGUCCUGCUGGAGUCCAUCAAAAAUGAGCUAACAAACAUUUUGAACGAGGUGGCCCUUCCCAAUUCGGACAACUUCCCCAUAAUGGUAUUAAACGAGAGCGUAAAGAACUGCAGAGUGAUUGCGCACAGGAAGUCGCACUACGCGUCCGGUAUCAUCAUAAGGGACGUCCUCGUAACGGAGGAGUUUCUCGCGGAAAAUUUUAACUCAGACGGGGAGCACGACAGGGGCUUCGAAAGUGGGAAGAGUAAAAAGAAGGGCAGCGGGGAAGGGAGAAGCAAAGAUGGAGCCCAACGUGAAGUCGAACAGAACAGCCAGCACAGCGUGGAGGAAACCCUUCGAGCCCUCCUGAAGAACCAACAGGAGAGACGCUCCUACUUUGAAAAAAAAGAAAUUUACAAAAGGCAAAUGAUAUUUUCAUACGACCCGUUGACAGUGCAGUCCGAGCUAGUAUACACCCGGGAAAGGGAAAAAAAAAAAAAAAAAAAAAAAAAUAGGCAGUUGCAAUAUCAGUGA